AAAUAGCCUAUGCAAAAACUAUUGGCUUUGAUUUUGUCUUUAUCGAUAGUCUAUUCAAUUGAUCCAAGUAUGGUGCAAUUAAGCACAGAAAAAAUGGAUGAGUUAUCGCAAAGCAAUUUGGGGAAAUUUAUAUUAGAAAUGGCCCAAACACAUGCCGAAAUGAGAGGACCUCUUGGUAUGAAUGUGUGAGUAAUAAAAUUUAGAUGACUUGGUUACUGCAAUUGGUGACCUCGAAAAUGAAUUGACUGCUGAACUACAACAGUUGGAAGAUGAUUUCACUAGAUCUACUAAUUAACAUCAAGUGACCCAAGAGAACCUCGACAUCAAUAUUGGUUAAACAGAAAUCAAUAUUUUCAAUGAAAAGGACUUUAUCGAUGCCAUCCUCUUACCAAGCAUUGAUUAAACUAAUGCAAAGAUUGAGAGAUUGAAUGGUUUCAUGAAUGACAACCGAGAUGCUUUAUCUAGAGAAACACUUGCUAGAUAAAACCAACAUCAGGCCUAUUUGGAUAGAGGUAUUAAAUAACUCACAACCCUUUUUAGUGAGUGAACAUCAAGGAGCAAUCAGUGCAGUUGACGAAGCCUUGCAAUUGAUCAACUCCUUAAUCAAUGGCAACGUUGCCUUCUCAGAGAAAGCCACCAUCCAUUAGGCAGUCAAGAGAGUCAACAGCAAGAUUCAAAAGACCAGCACAAUACACCCUCUUGUUGAAGCCUUGCUGUAAUUGACAUAGAAUUUUUCAGAUCAAGGACAGGCUCAGAAGAUUAGAGACUUGUUAUAAGACACCAGAAAUCAGUUGGUUUCUAGUCUUAACUAAGUAUAAAUCAUGGGAUAAACCGUAGGAAAACACCGAUGAGCAGUAAAUCUAAGAGACUUGGGAAGCAAGAUAGAAAACUUUGAAUACUGAAUACUAGGAAUUCAAACGUUCUGUAUUAGAAGCUACUUAUGUGUUGGCAGCAUAUCAAAGUAAGAGUGCAAUAUUAGCAUCUAGAUAAAUUGAAGUCAACUCAGGAAGCUUUGGCAUAAAAUGAAUUGGACUUACAAAAUUACAAGGAUUCUUUAUGUAAGAAUGAUAAACCAAUUAUAUUUAGAAUAGGAUAAGGAUGCUUAAGCCUAGGAAAUCCAAAUAUAUAAUGAACUGAAGGCUCAAUAUCAAAUUCAACUUCAGACCACUAGAAAUGCCAAGGAGUUCGUGAAUUCUGCUGAAUUUAGCACUGUGAUUAGAAACAAGUUAAAUUCAGGAGGAAUAUGACAUAUUCAUCUAUAAUUACAUAAAAUUUAAACAUCAUUGGGC